ACAGGCGCUAGUGUGCAUGUUCGUUAUAAGUAACCUUAACAUGUUGCUAGAAACCUCAAUCAUUAAAUUUAUUAUUUGUAAAUAGCCAUUUUAUGUUUACAUAAGUUUUUAAACUAAACCAGUAUUAAAUUCUAAAGUAACAUAAUGAUCGAUUGCCAUAACAAAAACUAGCUACUAAAGACGAGUUUGUGUGUGUUGUAAGCUUAACAUUUUAUCUAAAAAUAUACAAAUCUUAAAAACAAACAUGGGCGAGCUUCAGAAAUACUUAAGGAACAUCGAAGAUUUUGUCUUGGUCGAGGAUAAAAUCGUGACUUAUAAGUACUUGAGCAAAGCUCUUCAAGUACACGUCAACACGGCUAAGCAGCUUCUGUAUGCUUUUUCUGAAUCGUCAGACAAUGCUGAUAAAAUUCUCACAACUUAUUUAAUCGGUGGGGAGCAAGGAAAGAAAGGGAAGUUUGCAUUUAUUCUCGUUAAAUCGGACGAGAUCGAAGAAGCCAAGAAAAAAUUUUCCACCGUUUCGACCGAGCACGUCUACAGCGUUCAGAGAGCGGCCAGCAUAACCGGCACCGAUUUGUACAAUGCCGACCAAAGCUACGAAUUGACCAAAGAGGACAAAAGGUUUUCAUCAAUUCGUGGCAACGGAGAAAUAAAAUUAAUAGAACGAAAGUUUGCAUCGAUCAGCGUUAAAGAAGAAGUCAAGCAGCCGAUUAAGAAGGUUGUAAAAGAGGCGGACACCAAAGUUAACAACGGUCUACCAAACAAACAGAUUAAAACUGAACCAUUGAAAUCUAAGCAGGAGAGUGAGUUAGAAAAUGACAAGAAAGUUCAAACUUCGCCUAAAAAGACAGAAAUUUCUAAAAAAGGGACAUCACCGAAGAAAAAUACCACUAAAAAAAAAACAGGGCCUGUAAAAGGUGGUGGCAUUGGCGUGUUGUUCAGCAGGCAAGUGACAAAUGCAAAAAAUAAAGAGGUUAAGGAAGUCGAAAAGAAGGAAUUCAAAGAAAACAUCCAUGUCUCAAACAAAGAUGAGACAAAUGAUGAAAUGAAAAUUGAAGAAAAUGAAAAAGAUAAAAAGCCAUUGGUCAAAAACAAGAAUGAAAGCAAGAAAAAGAAAAGCAAAGAUUCUCGUCAGUUAGCAAAUAAAAAACGAAAACGAAUCGUACUGGCAAGUGAAUCAGAAAGUAGUGAUGAAGAAAUGGAGUAUACAGAAGAGGCUCCUCCAACACCUGAGCAAGAGACACUCGCUGAAGCCCUUCCUGAUAGUGAAGAAGAAAUAAUCCCAGCGACGCCUUUUACCAAAGGAAGGAAAAAGGUGAAAAAAGAAGUCGACAACGUUUUCGUCGAUGAUAAUGGUUUUAUGGUAACCAAGAAAGAAUACGUCGUUGAAAGCUGUAGCGACGAUGAAGCCUCUAAUGAGAAAAAGCCAAAACUUGAAGUGAUCGAAACGCCAAAAAAAGAAGUCAAACCGGCAGAGAAGCCAGAGACGGUGGAAGAAAAACCCAAGAAGGGAAAGGGCAAGAAAGUUUCGCCCAAAGGAAACAAACAACGAUCAAUCACAAGUUUCUUUCAGAAAAAAUAAUAGUUAAUCCGUAUUAUUAAUAUUAAGGUAGAAAAAUGUAUAUAUUUGAUGUAAAUUUA